AUGCUAAUAUGCACUGCGGAGGAUGGUCGCCAGUUCGAAGUUCAGACCACAUUAUAUGACAUCUCUAUCAAUGGCAAUCUCAAAUCUUUCCUCUCAGAGAUAACCGGAGUCGAUGCACCUUCUUUAAUAUGCUUUCUUUCUGACGGGAAACAGCUGAGGGAUGAGAAUAUCCGACAGCUCGCUGGUGCACAGGACGAUACAAUUUAUGUUUUUAACAGAGAGUACUUAUUUUUAGAUACCGAGCUGUCAGAGGUCAUUCAUGAGCUCCAGAUACCCCUUGCUAUCAAGCCACCCCUUCAAGGAUUCCCUUCCCCCGAUGUCAUCCUGAAGUCUGCCGAGGAACACCUAAAUUACAUUCCCGCUAUCCUAUCUCAGCUCUCGAACCAGGUCGAUGCACUGAAGGUGGCCUCGGCCAACCUAGACUCACACGUUUUCUCCCUUUCGGGAGUGUUUGAAAAUUUUGAUACUAUUGCAACCAAAGAGUUGGACCGACAAGCUGAACUCUUGCGUAAUCACAAUUUUGAUCUCGAAGUCAUCUCUAAAAUUCGCGUUCACCCCGAAUUCCUUUCCCCUGCUGUGCGCAGGGAUGUAGAGGCAGGGCUAAAAGAAAGGAUGCUAGGGGACUACGUCUCAAACGUCAAGAUGAGAAUUGUUGCGGAUUCUUGCGCGAAGAUUCACGAGGAUCUCUCUACGAGACUCUUCAACGCUCAACAAUCUAUGCGUGCACUCACUUCUGGCGCCGAUGAGAUUCGAGCCAUGGUUUCCCGCACUUUCUGUGAACAGGCAGAGCCGUCACACCAACGUGCAACCCAUAAUUUAGCGCGGCUACGAGAAUUGCAUUCCUCCCUCUUGAGCAAUGAUCCUAUGUCCAGCUCGAUGGUUAACCAAUUGACGUCAUUGGAGAUUUCGAUUCGUUCCAUCAUCGAACAAAUUAAUACCAUCUACAACCAAUCUGUGGCACAUAUUCUCACUGUACUCCGUCAAGUUUCCUUCCUUCAGUCCACCCUCGCUGAACUCCCAGCGACUCUCACGAACCUGGAGACAGAACUACGAGGAAAGGGAGGCUUCGUACAUCUGCAACGAUUGCACCAAAUGCUAUAUGUAUAUGGUGCAACGUUAGUUGAAAUUGUCCGGAGAAAGGAGUUUAGUAAAUUUUUUGCAGAACGAGCGCGAGCAAUAGCCGAGGUUAUGGCUAGGUUGACCUCGAAUGAACGCAAACGGCGGCAGCUGUACCGCGGCGACGUACAUGGACAGCUUCCCUUUGAGUCUAAGGGUAUGGACGAGCCGACCCCCAUUAUGGAGGUCACUACUACUGGUCACACCGAGAAUGUCUUUUCGCUGACGCGUGAAGAUCUCACGAUAUUCUUAGAGACCAUCAGCCAGAUCGAGCGAUCGACUCCCAUUCAGGAGAUAUAUGGUUCAUCGUCGCCGAAUGAAGGUGCUGCGGACCAGCCCGUUGGCCAUCCUUUGAGGGAAACGCGGGCAGCAUUGGAAAAGUUGAUUUCACGCAUGGAGAAUCUUGGGGCGGAAUUCGACAAACUGAUCGAGAGAUCAGUUCUCACAACGGAUAGAUUGGUUCUUUCAAAACGGAGAACUGCCAGUGACGCGUCGGAAGCAUUCGAGCAACUACGAGAACUCCAGGAAGCUAAAUUCGUAUCAGAUCAAGCACUGGUUGAGGAGAGGGAGGCUGCUGCAUCAUCCCUCCGUCGACUGCAAAGCGAACGCGACAUCAUUGACCGUCAGAACCAAGAGCGCAUCGCAGAACUGGAGGCAGAAAUUGAUUCCGUCCAGAAGCUGCACGAAUGCGAGUCUCAAGCCCGCAACACCUUGGAAGCGCGUCAUGCUGAGCUUGUCAAUUCUUCGGAGGAGCAGGCCAAGAAGCUUUCCGGUGCACUUGCUGACGCUACGCAGAAAGCAAAAGAGGUCGACCUGCUUUCCAAGGAGCUUGAGCAGGUUCGUGCAGCGGCUGAGGAAAUGCGAAGGGUGCAGAUGGGCGGCGACGAACGCCUGAAACUGGUCUUGGCGGAGCAGGUCGAGACAUUGAAGAACCUUGAAGAGGCGCGGUUAAAAGGGGAAGACUUGGAGGAACAGGUCCGGUUCGCACGUGCUGAAGGGGACGAGGCGUUCCGCGCGCUGAACGAGGCGACCGCGGAGAAAGAUCGUCUCCUCAGAGCUCAGACUAUGGAAGCGGAUCGGUUACUGAGGGAUCAUAUCGCCGAAGCUGAUGGUGAUCGUGCUGUCCUCGAGCAUCAGUUCUCAGAACUACAAGCAACUCUAGAAAGUAGGGAGAAUGAGUUGAAAGAAGUUCUGAUGGAACUUGACGUUAGUCGGGCGGAUGUCGCUGGUCUGCAGGAAGAGCUGGAGAGAGCAAACUAUGCUCUUAACGAUGCGCUUCAGGUUCAGGCAUCCCUUCGCGACGAGAUGGCUCAACUGAGGGAAGUUGCCGAGGAUCAAACUCGCCGCCGGACUGCUGCGAAUCAUAUGUUGUCUGAUCUGCUUGAGAUCGCGGUGUCAUUCCGUGACACAAAUGCUCAGCUCCUUGCCUCAACACAGAAAACUUUGGCUCAUGCGUCGAAGGCGUCUGCUCGUCACGCGGCACUUGCAGAAUCCACUAUUAGUCUCAACACUAAAGGUCAAAAUGCUGAUGCGUUUGGACUGGAUCCUUUCAAUGCAUAUGCGUCCCCAAUCGACUGGUCCGACCCUACUGCUUCCAUCGAGAUUCUAAAGCAAUUCGAUCUGGAAGUCUUCAACGAGACAAUCGUCAAAGCAGGCAGCACUAUCAGGAAAUGGCAAAAACAGUGUAAAGAAUACCGUGAGAGAGCACGGGGAAAGAUAUCGUUCCGCAAUUUUGGAAAAGGGGAUUUAGCAUUAUUCCUGCCCACGCGGAACUCGGUUUCUCGACCAUGGGCCGCCUUUAAUGGUGUGUAUGCCAGGCCAUUGCGCCCACUUGUCACUAAUGGCGGUGAUGCAGUUUCGUUUCCGCAUUAUUUCCUCAAACCGUCCCCCCAAAUUUCUGCCCAGCUGGAGAAUAGAGAGUGGUACGUGGCUCGUAUUAUAUCCAUUACGGAAGCGAUCGUGGAUAGCAAGAACCCAUUGUCAAACCCUUAUGGGCUGGCAAACGGGGUCAAGUAUUUCAUGCUCGAAGUAGAGGAGUACGCCCAGCCUAACCAUUCUCAGCGCCGCGCAGUAUCAACGCCGUUCCCGGCGUCGGCCAAUGAGGCUAACGAGAAGAUGAAAAGCGAAGGUCGCAACCGCAACGCUUCCCGAAGUGCUCCCAACCCUCCAUCUCCCCUAGCUGACCCUUCUCCUCUGCAGGAGGCAAUGCUUAAUCCUGCGCCAAUCGUGUCACCGCCGCAUCCUAAAAUUCUUCCGCCGAGAAUCGCCGCCAGCCCAGUCAGUGGGCCAUCAUCGCUGUCCAAGUUGCUUGCGCAAGCAACUUCUCCGGAUGCAGUGAAUUCACCGCCGGACUCCUCUCCCCAACCUUCUCCCCCACCUCUGACGUCUUUUCCAGCACGAAGUCGAACUCUGUCCGGUCAUUCUCAUUCCCUUAUGAAACCCGCAAUCACGAGCAACCGAACUCGGCCUUCCCCUACUCGAUCCAAUGCGUCCUCUAGCGUUUCGGGUCUUCCCACGCAUUUUGCGAAGUCGUCCUCCAAAUCCUCCACGAAAGGUGCACCAACAAUCGCUAUUUCUACUAAUGCACAAAACCACUCUUCGCCCAAACGCGUUGCCUCCCCGCUAGUUUCACCCUUCUCCCCUCCUUCCCCGCCCGGCGACGCCCCUCGAAGUGAUCAAAUGGGCGAUGGGAGCGGGGCCAACACCCCAGCUGGUGACUCUGCAUCUGAUGGUGCACCAAAUUUAUUGUUGAGUCGCAAUCGGAAGAGGACCAUGUCAGCGAAGGCAUUACCCACGACCACAACUUACACCAGUGGUCCUCCUAGCGUCGGCGGUGCCGUCUUAGCAACUCUCACCGGUAACUGGAAUGUGCUAGGACGUCGGCGUAAGGAUGCAAUCCCAACAUUAGAUACAACAAGUAAUCCACCGUCUGGUAAUGAGGGUGACAUUAAGGAAGGUGAUAGCGGGUAUAUAUCUAGUCCCGUUCGGCGUGCCAGCAGCGAGGCGAGGAAAUUGUUGAAGAGGUUCGAUUCGUCGUCCACCAAACAGUAA